UGUCUUCUUUGUUUUAAGGAAAAUCAUGCUCUUGAACCGCAAUUUCGCAGCUGAUUCCCCUUUUCCUCAACUUAUUCUGUUAAUCGUGCUGAAAUUCGAAGUGAUUCGACGUUUCGCGAGUUUCCGUGCUCUCGAAAAAUUGCUUUCGCAACAUCACAGUUUGUUUCCGUGCGUUCUCCGGAGAAUGGUGUGAAUUCACGCCGGCGCAAAACCAUGGGGAAAUCAGACAUAAUUGGCGAAAGUGAGCUGCCUGCGGUAGAACUACCGUCAAUACCGGACGUGGAAUGGCUUGAAGUAGUCGUGGACGCGGUCGAGGAGGCUGUUGAUGAUGAUGGCGACGACGACGAGGACAACGACAACGGUGUUGCGGGAAAUACCUCUUCUUUUGAGAGUGAUUCGCACGAUCUAACUGAAAGUGUGCAACCCUCUUCGAUAUCUGUAGAGGAAAAUCCGAAUCCCGCUUCAAUCAGCACGAACCUUGAGCUUGAACGUGACGCUGUCGAAGUUUCCGUGAUCGAUUUCCCGGUUGUGGAGCAUUCCCGUGAGAAAACCCGGAGACAGAAAGCAGAGCACUUGUGCGAUGAUGUCGUGGAGAAACGGGAUGAGAAGAGGACCAUUGGUCGGCGCAAAGCUCGCCGCCAAGAGCGAGAGAAGGAGGCUGAGCGUUUGCUGUCGAAGUUAUUGGGCAGGCACUCAUUUGCUCACGAAGGCGUUCGCAUGGAUAUAAUUCCUACGGGUUCUGUCUUCGCACGGCUUCUUCGAGACCCUGAUAGUAUGAGGGUUUGGCUAGCCUUUGCCACAGCAUCUGAAGAAGAGCAGGAAAGGUUUCUCUCCCGAGAUCAUUGCCGUAAAGCGCAGAGAUGCAAUCAAGAGACUAAACGCAGAUUCCGAAUGUCGUCUCUGGAUCCCCGCGUUUGUCGCCCGUCUGUCAGCCCGCCUAAGGCCUUUGGAUUGAUCCCGAAGCGCCUUCGUCGUCAAAUAGUGCACAAUUCGUAUUUGAGAGAGGAAUUGAACAGGAUUGAAGGCGAAGUCAUCCUGGGGUUCAUUGCGGAAUCUGUCGAGGACGGAGGAUUCAUGCAGGAAAUUAUCAAAGGGGCCCCUUCGGGUGAACUGAGUGAGCAAGUGUGUGUUGAGCGUGCUGAGGCUGAAGGACGACAAGUGACUGCUGUUCCGAUUGCCCAGGCUGCACGUCCUGCUGCCCAAGCCGUUGCCCUGUUUUACGGGUUGACUUGUAAUUUUUCGAGAACGGGCCGAGGGAGCUUGUACGCCAUUUUCGAAAACAACUUCACAGAUUUCCCCAUGCCCCUUAAAACUCUUUACAACUUUGCGACGGACAUCAAAGAGUCGCUCCUGUCAUGCUGA